AUGCAAAACUAUUCUCGAACUGAUUUCGCCCAAGUGGGCACCACUAAUCGUGGAUGUAUGAAAGUGAUUCCGGCGGAGAAAGCCAGCGAAUUCGAUGUGAUCGUUGUCGGAGGUCAAAACGGAAGUCUGAUUUGUCUCUCCCGCAAAUCCAAUGACACCACGAUCAUCUUCAAAACCCAACCAGGCUACCCGAUCCAGUCUCUUGCACUCGGUGGUCCACAGUCUUCCAAAAAGAAGGAUAAGAUAUUUGUGGCAUCUCAGAACACUGUCCGAGGAGUCAAUCGGCGAGGAAAGACGUUUUUCUCGAUGGAGACGAAUAUGGCUGAGACGGCAAAUCGGAUGUUUGUGAGAGGAUUGGAUGUGGUGUUGACUGGGAGGAAGAGUUACAGUCGAUACAGGGAUUCGCAUGAUUCUAAUAACUAUCUCUGCACCGAAGACAUCCACGACGUCGUGAGUCUCGUCUUCGAAGAAGCGUGGGGCGCACGUGAGUACACCUCAGUCCUCGCGUGCGGUAACUCCACUCUCCAAGUCAUCGAAGGCAACAACCUUGCCUACGAAGUCCGUCUCGACUCUGUCCCAUUCACCGUCGCCUUAUUCAUGGGUGACGGUGGACACACUAAAAUGAUGGUACUCUACGGUACUAAGACAGGCCGUCUUGGUCUCGUCAGUCUCCCUCAAGGCGGUGGAAAAAUCCAAUGGGAAAUUGACACGACGAGUGGCGCGUGUGUGACUACUAUCGUUUGUCACGCGGUGACGGGCGGUCCGUUUCCGGAUAUUAUUGUGGGAAAAGAGGAUGGCCUUAUUGAGAUUUAUACCAUUGAUGAGACGGAUCACCCGCAUUUGUUUGGCACUUUUUCCUGCGACGAGUCGAUCACUGGAAUCUCAUGUGGCAAUGUGGCAUCAAAGACUGAGAUUGAUAUAAUUGUCUGCACUUUCACAGGUUGGCUAUUCUCCCUUGCGAAAACAAGUCGCCCGAUGAUCGAAAACCUGCCAGUCGCUGCGAAUUUCAAUGUGAAAAUGCAACAGUUGAGAUCAGAAGUGGAAGAGCUGCAAUCGAAAGUCAAUGAGGAGCGAUUGAGAUAUGAGGAGAUUACGAAGAGACAAGGAGGCGGCGCCGGCUCGACGUUCUUUCAUAGUUUUCAGGUACACGAGAACUUCGAGUACAGUGCGGCGCUCGGCGCCUACAACCUAACCAUUGAACUAGUCAUCCCCAUUGACUUUGUCGUCGUCCAAAGUCAACUACCAAUCCGUCUGAUGGAAGUGGAAAAGAAUGCGUCGGUGGUCAGUGAAGUCCAUCAGGAUGGUCUCAAUCCGUGGCCACUUCUGGCUUCGUACCGUUGUCAGGCUAACGUGUGUCGUCUGGAAUUGCGAGUUCAGGCGAGCGAAGGAGACUCCGGGGUUAUCAAUUUGUAUGUGUGCCCGAAGAUUAUGCCAAAGUGUGCGCAGGACAUCCGGAAAUCCGGACACACAGAUGGACAGACCGAAUCCAGUCGGUUUCGGGUUAUUUUGGAUAUCUUGGAAUCCGUCGAAAUUAGGGGAAUUUGA